CCGAUUCCGUCAGAUCUGAAGGUUAACUCUGAGUGCAAGUCAUCGCUUCAGUGCUUACUCUUCAUCCCAAACAGCCAUUGCGAUUGGGAUGCGAGGGUCUGCACGUGUCAGCCCUAUUACAUCCUCUACAACGAGACCACUUGUCUGCCGGGUCCGAUUCCGACAGAUCUGAAGGUUAACUCUGAGUGCAAGUCAUCGCUUCAGUGCCUACUCUUCAUCCCAAACAGCCAUUGCGAUUGGGAUGAGAGGGUCUGCACGUGUCAGCCCUAUUACAUCCUCUACAACGAGACCACUUGUCUGCCGGCGUCUUUGUUGGGCUUCGGGUGUAGUAUUGACUCUCAAUGUACUCUAAAAGUGCCAAACAGUCAGUGCUUGGAUGGGAUCUGUCAAUGCAAACAAGACUUUAUACCAUUGAGAAGAGACAAGUGUUUGCCCCCUGCAAAAGUGGAGGACUACUGUCUGAAUGACCAACAGUGCCGACUGUCCGACAAAUACACGCAUUGCAAGUAUAUUAUACCCAGAAUUUACGGCAAAUGCAAGUGUCCGCUGACCAACACUCUCACCAAAGACGACAACAAAUGUCUUCCCAAUCUGCAGACGCGUUGUUUCGACGACAUGGAUUGCAAAAUGGCUACAAAUAACUCGUAUUGUAAACCAAAUGCCAAUUCUUUGGCAUUAGAUAAGGACUCGCAGUGCAUGUGUUUGGAUGGGUUUGAGAUGACGGAAGACAAGCUUCACUGUAAACCACUGCCAACUACUCCCAAACCUUCAGCCGCUCCAAUAAAUAGUAUCGAUUCCGAGGACUCGGACGCGGAUGAGAGUGCCUUCACUAUAGAUCCGGUAUCUCUUGGAAAG